CGUCAUAGUCUGCACCGCCUGGAACAACCACCACAAUGACUGAGAAGCAAGGCCUCCUCCCCUCGGCCGUAAGCGCCCCGGCGCCCAGGAGCCGCGCCAGCUCCCCUUACUGGGCAACCCUCUCAAAGGUCGCCGUCGCCGCCCUCCUGCUCAAGGUCUUUGGUGGCGCGUACCUCGCCCUCGACUCGCCCGGCUAUGGUGGCCAGGAGCCCCUCAAGGCUCGCUGCGACCAGGCCGAGCCGCUCUCCCCGUCCUUCAGCAGAGACCACCUUGACAAGAUGGCCGGCUACAUCGACUCGCCAGAGUUUCUCAAGGCCGCCGUCGCCAACAUGGCCGGCGCCGUCCAGAUCCCCACAGAGUCCUACGAUGACAUGGGCCCUGUCGGCGAGGAUCCCCGCUGGGAAGUGCUCUUUGAGUUUGCCGAGUAUCUCAAGAAGACGUUCCCGCUGGUCCACAGCAAGCUCAACCUCGAGACUGUCAACACCCACGGCCUUGUCUACACCUGGAAGGGCUCGGAUUCGUCUCUCAAGCCUACCGUUUUCAUGGCCCACCAGGACGUCGUGCCUGUUGCCAAGGCCACCAUCGGCCAGUGGACAUACCCGCCUUUCAGCGGCCACUACGAUGGCAAGUACCUUUGGGGGCGAGGUUCCAACGACUGCAAGAACAAUCUUAUUGGCAUCCUCGAGUCUGUAGAGCUGCUCCUCCAGGCCGAUUACGAGCCCAAGCGUACGCUGGUUCUGUCUUUCGGCUUCGACGAGGAGAUCUCAGGCUUCCACGGUGCCCAGCCUCUUGCUGCCUUCCUGCUCGAGCGCUACGGCAAGGAUGGCGCCGCCGUCAUUGUUGACGAGGGUGCUGGCAUUGCUGAGGCAUGGGGCACCAACUUUGCCAUUCCUGGCGUCGCCGAGAAGGGCUACAUUGACGUCGAGAUUAUUCUUCGCAUGCCUGGCGGCCACUCGUCCAUUCCUCCUCAGCAUAAUGGCAUCGGUGUCAUGGCCGAACUCAUCACCCAGAUCGAGGCCAACCCGUACGAGUCGCGUCUCUACAAGGAGAACCCGUUUCUCGGCCUCCUGCAGUGCGGUGCCGAGUACAGCGAGGAGUUCCCCAAGAAGCUGCGCAAGCUGCUCCCCUCACACGCUGCCAACACCUGCGCCCGGAAGGAGGACAAGCUCGCGCUGGAGGCUGCCAAGCUGGGGGACGCCUUCAAGUACCUGUUCACUACCUCGCAGGCGCCUGACAUCAUUAGCGGUGGUGUCAAGUCGAACGCCCUGCCCGAACGCACCGUCGUCCUCGUCAACCACCGCGUCAACGUCGGCGAGCAGACUAGCGUCGUCAAGGACAAGCUGACCAAGAUCGCCCAUGGCAUCGCCAAAAAGUACAAGCUCGACGUGCAUGCCUUCACCAACUCGACCGGCGAGACCCCAUCGUCCAUCACCCUUCGCGACACCGGCCGUGCUCUGGAGCCUGCGCCUGUCACACCUACUGAGCUCUUCUCCACCGAGGGCAGCGACAACGCCACUCUCUCUCCCUACGGCGUCAUCGCUGGCACAACCCGCGCUCUUUACGGCAAGUCCAUGGUGGUUGCCCCGGGCAUCAUGACGGGCAACACUGACACAAAGUACUACUGGGACCUGUCGCGUCACAUCUUCCGCUGGGGCCCGCAGUUCGACCCAGAGGAGGAGAGCGGCAGCGGCCUGCCCGAGGGCAUCCACACCGUGAACGAGCGCCUCAACGUCCGCGCGCACAUCAACGGUGUCAAGUGGUACAGCUCUUUCAUCCGUAACAUGGAUGAGUCGAGAUUGCCUUGAAUUGGGGUUGCUACGAUGUUGCGACAUGCACGAGAUUUCUUGGCAAGGAUUCUAUGUUGGAUCAAGACCCCAGAAAAGUCGAAAACUGCCAGUCGUCGGAGAAUUAUAUAGGACAAAGUAAUAUCUUCUACUUCACAAAAGAGUGUGGCUAUAUAUCCCAGAUUCUCACACAAAAUUGCACCAUGGUGAUUUUCCUUAUCCUUCGUGUCCCUGCCGAAGUGGCCUUAUCGCGGACCAGGGGCAGUACUUUCGUUAGCUCCAUUGACUCCGCUCCGAACACGGACGCGACGCAGUAACAGAGGCCACGAGGAAACUACAUAUCGUUGCCAGAAAUAGUAUCCCAUGCUGAUAUCCUUGGCCUUUAAUGAAUUCAAUGUCACACAACAAGACUGC